UUGUUUUGCAGUGCUGCCAAGCUUCUGGACAAGAAUCUGUUCUCUGUCAGCACCCCGAAUCCUCUGCUUCCUUCUCCUGCAGGUCUUCAGCUUGCUCAGCUGCAAGCCCAGCUCACCCUGCACAGGCUAAAAUUGGCUCAGACAGCAGUCACCAACAACACAGCAGCUGCAACUGUCCUGAAUCAAGUUCUCUCCAAAGUGGCCAUGUCUCAGCCACUGUUCAACCAAUUAAGACAUCCAUCCAUGUUUAACGCUCCUCAGGGACAUGUUGGAGGGCCUGGAGUUACCAACUCUAGAUUCCCACCUGGUGGAAUACAUUUUCCAGCACAAAACCCCACUUUGGCAGUACCGAGUGGAACUCUGGGGCCUGUAAAUAACCUUCAAAAUCAAAACCCAAAUGCUGUUGUCAUAAAUCCUUUUGGAGGUGUAAUAUCCCAGACAGCUGGACAACAGGCUGUAGUUAUGGGACUAAAUAAGACUGGCAUCUCCUCUGCUACAGGUGGAUUUUAUGACUAUGGUAAACAAGUAUUUCCCCCUGAUGCAGAACAGUGCAGCCAGCAUGGCUUUGUGACUACUGCGUCUCAUUCAGUCCCAACUUCUUCUGGAGUUGGAACCUAUGAUGGGCAUUUUGGUAAGCAUGACAACCACCCAGGAUUUCAGAAAGACUUUUAUGGAGUGAGUUCUAAAGGCCAGCAUACAGCUGGUGUGCAGACUUUGACUUUUGCUGGUGAGCCACAUAAUUCUCAUCAGAUUAUAAAUCAAAAAGGCGAGGCGGGUUCUGUAAUACAUGAAACAGAAACAAAGCAGUGGGAAAAUCCUUCUACUUUUCCUAGCCAAAAUAAGCCUGACACCAUGCCCAAUGCCAGCAUGUGGCCAUCAACAAGUGCCCCAUAUGAAAUAAGAAACGAUCUCUACAACCCUGAAGAACCAACGCCUGACAUAAAGUUCAGUGCUGGCGCUCCACUUCCUUUCAGCAGAACCAAAAGCAGUAAACAGAAUUUCAGCAACUCACGAAUGAGACAGAAGCAGGAACCAGAUUUGUCGGUGAGACCUCUUCAGUCUCAUGAGCUAAAUGACUUUCAUAGUAUAGCACCUGUUUGCUUCCCUCACAUCUGCACCUUAUGCGAUAAGAAGGUCUUUGAUCUAAAGGACUGGGAUCAGCAUAUUAAAGGAAAUCUUCACAUUCAAAAAUGCAUUGCUUUCUCAGAGAAUUCCAACAUACGGUGUGUGCUAAAUUCAGCAGAAGGAAUGCUGCACUCUUCUCCAAAUAACACAUCUGCAUUUAAUCUUUCUGGUUCCGAAGAUUACUCUUUAAAUGUGGGGACAUCAUACAACUCUACACCUUCAUUUGGCCAGCCAGGUUCUACAUUUUCUUCUGUACCAUCCGGAGUAAAUCUGCCACAAAGGAAAAGUACACCAGGUCGAGUAGUACACAUCUGUAAUCUUCCUGAAGGAAGCUGUACAGAGAAUGAUGUUAUUAAUCUUGGACUUCCCUUUGGAAAAGUCACAAAUUAUAUCCUUAUGAAAUCUACCAAUCAAGCUUUUCUAGAAAUGGCCUAUACUGAGGCAGCUCAGGCUAUGGUGCAGUACUACAAAGAAAAACCUGCAAUGAUAAAUGAUGACAAAUUGCUCAUUAGAAUGUCUAAAAGAUACAGAGAACUUCAGUUGAAGAAACCAGGUAAGAAUGUGGCAGCAAUAAUCCAAGACAUCCAUUCUCAGAGGGAGCGGGACAUGUUGCGGGAGACAGACAGAUAUGGACCUGAAAGGCCUCGGUCUCGCAGCCCUAUAAGCCGUUCUCUUUCCCCAAGAUCACACACUCCAAGCUUUACUUCCUGCAGCUCCCCACAUAGUCCGCUGAGCACAAACUGGACAGACUGGGGAAAUGGAAGAGAGCCAUGGGAUCAGUCUUCAUAUUCCCGAAGGGAAGAAGAAAGAGAAUCAAUGCCCUGGAGAGAGAAUGGGGAAGAGAAAAGGGAUAGGACUGACACAUGGGAGCAUGAGAGAAAACAUUAUAUGCGCCAUUUGGAUAAACUAGACUUGGAAGAACGUUCCGAAGGAACCAGAAGCUACAGAGAAAAAUAUUUAAGAGGGGGGUCACCCAGUGCAAAGGGGCUGCCUGGAUAUAAGAACAGAGAAGAAGACUAUUAUAGGAAACCCACAAAGCAAAAAUCUGAUAAGUAUUCAAAACAGAUAGUGGAUACAGCUCCGAAGUGUAAAAGGAAGGAAGAAACAAGAUUGAAAGAACACAAGCAUUCUCAUUGUGAAGAUCCAACAAGAGAAGAAAAAUUAGAACAGAAACCCAACAAGGUCCCUGACAGUAUCAAGCAAAAGCAAAGUGAUAAGGAAAAAUUCAAGGAUUCUGAUAAAAAGUCAGAGGAAGAGGUACCUGAUGAGGCUAAAAGAGUUAAUGGGAAGACAGGGACAGGAACUAAAAAUGAGGUUAAAAAUAUAUAUUCUAAUAUGGAGAUCCCCUUUCCCGCAAAUAAGCAGAUGAAAGAAGCAGAAGAUCCUAUGGAAAACUCAAGAAAAGAAAAGGAUUGGGAGAGCGGAAGUGAGAUGGAAGCUGAGACCUGGUAUCCAACUAAUAUGGAAGAGCUAGUAACUGUAGAUGAGGUGGGAGAAGAUGACCUUAUAAUGGAACCUGAUAUAACUGAACUUGAAGAAAUAGUAACAGUAGGUCAGAAAGACCAAGAAUGUCCUUUAGUGAGUUCUUUAACUGCUGGAUUACAGGUGAAGAAUGAGCACAGCUUAUUAAGUGGAAGCGAUGACAAAUCAAACGCAAUGGAAUCAAGCUUGGGGUCAGAAGAGGAAAACACAGGGGAUCUCCCUGGCUCUGAAGGUGAUAAUACAGCUGAUAAAGCACCACAUCUAAAUCUGGACACUGAGCAGAAGCCAGAUGAAUUGCAAGAAGACAGACCUCUAAGGGAUUCUGAUUACCAUGAUAAGCAAAGAAAAAUAAAAGAAAGCACUAACAUUCAUUUAAGGUUGGAAGAGCAGUGUGUAUCUUCUGGUCCUCCAAAAGAAGAGCUCUUCCAGCAGAAUGACACACUCAUAGAUGAUGAUAAAGAGAUGGAAUCAUUAGAAAGCGAGAGUAGAAAAGCUAUGGAAAUGCUGGUAAAAAACUCCCAGGAGGAAACAAGCUGUGGACGUCAGGAACAUCAAAAGGCACCGGCAAAUUGUAGGUAUCAGGAAAUGAAGACUACUGACUUCCCAGAGGUGGAAUCCAAAAGAUCUUACUUUUCACCAUCAUGGGAACAAGAAGAUGUGUUUACGGAGCUCAGCAUUCCGCUAGGCAUGGAAUUUGUUGUGCCCAGAACUGGCUUUUACUGCAAACUUUGUGGACUUUUCUAUACAAAUGAGGAGACAGCAAAGACUCGUCAUUGCAGAAGUACGGUUCACUACAAAAAUCUUCAGAAGUACCUAUCCCAGCUUGCAGAAGAGAAUCUGAAGAUGAAUGAGAAAGAAAGCAGUUUGCCACAAGAUGAUAAUGGGAUUGUCCCUCACUUUGAGGAGAAAAUGCUAUGAGGUGAACACUAAUGGUUUUCUGCUGAUCCUGCUUAUGCACCUUUUGUUUGCACUGUUGAAAAGCAAGCAUGAUGAAAAUCUUGUUCUAUGCAUCUACACCGACAGCACCAUUUAAAAACAAUGCUUGAAAUACAGUGAAGCAAAGUGAUGUAUCUGAUAGCAGUAAAGCUCCAUUUUCUCGGCCGGUAAUAGGCACAACAGCUGUCUUUAAACUGGAAUUCUCAGGGAUUCUCUCAGUGUUGGUUCAGGUAAAUUGUUUAGUGAAAAUAUUCUGGGAGUGAGGAAGAAAUAACCUGAAAAAUCCUUGGUUUAAAUACUUUUAUUUACAUCACCUAGUCCAGCAAUGAACUAAGGGUCUUGUAAGUACAUCUAUAAGUUAUUGCUGUGUUACUGCUGGUAACAUUGGUUCAAUCAGAUAACAAUAUCCAUGUCUUGUAUGAAAUACUCACAGUUCAUAUAUUCAAAGGGCUUACAAUCCACAUAGGGGUGGGGUGGGGGGCAGAAGUAGUGAAGCCCUUUCCCCCUUCAGUGGCCUUGACACAUUUCAGAAGACUAAAUAUGUUCCAAGUUUUGCCUCUGGUAGGAUUGCUUAUCUCUUAUAUUCUUUCCUUAAGGUUUUAUUCUUCCUAAUUUUAGAAAUCAACUAGGCACUUCAUUUUGUUUCACUCAGAGCCAUCACCCAAUUUAAGAAACCUUAGUCGACUGACAGUAUAAGUGUAUUAAGUCUGCAUAAAUUUGCACAUGAAUAAAAGAGGUCCAGAGGUAGGACUUCUUUCUUUGUCUCAGAUGAUGAACAUACUUGUUGCACCAUCUUAGAAUGUGCAAUGAGGGAUGCAGGAGGGAGGUGAUGGCACAUGAUGGUGGGGAGGUUUGGUCCCAGGGCAUAGUUGAAAACGCAAGAUGCAGCAGCCUUGCUGAAACUAAGCAGGUUGGGUGGAGUCUGUGCCUGCAUGGGGAAAUGAUUGAGGAGCAUCUGGUAUGCUUUGAGCUGAAUGAUGGAAGAAAGGCAGAUAGAUAUUUAAAGAAAAAAUAUCCUGCAUUUACCCAGUUGAUCAGACACACCAUCUAAAUUAAUUAAAAUGUUUUUAAUGAUUGAUUAGCUAAAGCUCUGAGCAGACUUUGAAUUUCACUUCCAUUAAUUUCUAUGUUGAUGAUAUAGGUGCCCAAUAUAGUAUUAUUAUAGUUGUGUUUCAGCAAUAUGUGUGUUUAUAUCACCCAGAGUUCCACUAAAGUAAACUGCUUUACUUUUUUGUUGUUUCAGUAAGGCUUGGAGUGGUAAAAUGCAUAGAUUCUGUAAAACUGUUAGUAGCAUUAAUCACAGGAUGGUCUUUUUAAAAAUGCACCAGGUACCAUAUGAGUUGCUGAGCCAUAUCUAAAAUCAGAGCAAGCGUAUUUGCUGCAUUUCCUUUUUAAAAAAAAUGUUUUUAAAGAAAAUAGGAGAAAUUAUAGGAAAAAUAUAGGAGAAUGUAUCUUCCCAUCAUUGACUGCCUUUAUAAAGUUUACCAUAUUAUAUUUUCUUGCUAUUGGCACCUUUAAGAAUUUCUUAUCUAUGAGUAAAUUAAGACAAAAAUCGCCCAGUUGCCAAGAUCUCCCAAUAAAAAUCUUACAUUUCCUGUUUCAUAGUAUAGUAUUUUUUGUGUGUGUGCUAGGAAAGGGAACCAGCAUCUUCAGUUAACUUUGUUAUCUUGUUAGUGUGUGCUGUCACUAGGCUACAUAGCUGCCGAGUUUUCCCUUUUCUCGCGAGGAAGCCUAUUCAGCAUAAUGGAAAACCCCUGAAAAAAAGGGAUAACUUGGCAGCUAUGCUAGGCUAGGUUCCAUUUCAUUAAAUGGCAGAAACAUUCCAUGUAUUACCAUCAGAGAUGAGGUCAAACAGCACAUUGCAGAUUCAUAAACUUUAGAGCCUGUUGUCUUUGUCCAUGGAGUUUUCUUGGCAGGGAUACUGGAGUGGCUUGCCAGUUCCUUCUCCAGGUGGAUCACGUUUAGUCAAAACUCUCCACUAUGACCUGUCCAUCUUGGGUGGCCCUGCAUCUUGGGUGGCCAUCUUGGGUGGCCCUCCAUCUUGGGUGGCCCUGCAUGGCAUAGCUCAUAGCUUCUCUGAGUUAUUCAAGCCCCUUCGCCACGACAAGGCAUUGAUCCAUGUUCUCGAAGCUACGAACAUGAGUUUGACCAAACUACGGGAGGCAGUGCAAGACAGGAGUGCCUGGCGUGCUAUGGUCCAUGGGGUCACAAAGAGUCGGACACGGCUAAACGACUAAACAACAAAACUUUAGAGCCUUUGAGGUCCUGACCUUCGGCUAGGCAAUGUAAGUAAGAGGCAGGGGCAGACAUGGCUUUCAAGCACACAUCUAAUCCCGCAUAUCAGGUGUACUGAACUUUGCAUCCAUCCUCUUUAAAACAUUUUAUUCCACCUUUCAGCAUAAAAAUUGCAAAGGUGGGUAAGAGAGUGUUAAGUCUCUUAAAAUAGAAAAAUGAAAACCAGCAAUAAAAGAAAUCUUUACGACUGGCUUUUAGAAACAUGAAUACUCUUGCACUGUUACAGGAAAGAUAAAAUUAAUCUGUGGAGGGAACAUGGAGAUCUUUCUUUUGCCAUCAGUGAAAAUGCUGACAUGAGCAGUUCCCAAUGAAGGAUGCAUAUCCUGCUGGGAGAUACCACACAUGGCAUUGGAGGUGGGAGACUCUUCUCUUGCAACAAUGGGCCACCUUGGCUUGGAAUUUUUGCACCAAAAAUCUGAAACUUAAGAAAUGCUACUUUCAUACCUGACUGAAUUCUUCACAAAUGUCAUUUGUACACAUUAAGUUGUAUGUACAGUAUAGCACAAUGCAGACUAUUUAUUACUACUGUACUAUGUAAAAAGCUUUCUUAUUUAUAAAGUGUUGCAAAGUAUCUCAGAUAAUUUUUUAAAAAGUAUUUAGAACUAGUAAUCUUUUCUUAUUUGUCUUUACUUACUACUGUAAUGGGUGUUAAGUAUCCCAUGUAUUAUUAUUAUUUUUCAUUCUAAAACCAAAGAAUCUAAGAAUUGCCCCCCCCCCAAAAAAACUUGACAACUAUGCUACUGGCCUGCACACUAGUUUAGUAUCAGGCUUUCAGGGUUUUUCUGUCUCUGUUAAGUCUGUGUUUGUUGGCAUAUACUUGAACUGGACCAGACGUUACUAUUUAUUGAGUUCACACAAUCUUGUUUAAUUAUUGGCUUGUAAACAUUUAGAAUGUAUUAGAAUUUAAGUUAUUUAGGAAGCAUCACAAGUUUUAAUUGCUCUGUGUACCUGAUAUUUCAAAUUGUGUUUAUUAAAAUGUACAAAUUAUUGUAAUAAAGAGAAUUUUAAUGGCUGUGCAAGAACUGAUGAUCUUUUCUUUCAAUGGCACAUACCUCUCUGUGUGGACGUAAUGCCACUACUGUGGAGGUCAGGAGCAAGCUGCAAGAUCACACCCUGUUCCCCCAGAUCCUUUCCACGCAAUGCAACCAAAAUAUUUAAGCUUAAUUUGUUUAAGCUAACAUGCAGGGUCCAAACUUCAGUGUUCUCACCCUGAUUCUGCAGCUGAGAUGGACAAUUCCAGGACAGGCUCCUCUACUGCUCAAACAUUUUGUUUGACUGCAUCCAGGCCAAGGCAUUCAGAAGGUCGUUCCAGAAUAAAGCCUGACCCUAACGAUAAUCAUGUUCAUAUCAUAACUCUGGCACAUCAGGGUAUGGCUGAAGAUUUAACUGUUCAUGUGUCAGAAGAACUGUGUAAACAGGCCUUAAGCAGGCAUUAUGGGGUAGAGGAUAUAGAUGAAAGCUUACUAAAACGCACUUCUUUUUACAGGAACCUCAGAUAACUUUCCUGUGGUAGUGCUAAAGAAAUAAGCCAGGUGAAAUUCGUUAUUGUCCCCAUUUUUAAGUAUUUUCUCCUUUUCCAUUUUAUUAAAAUACAUUGCUUUUCCUUUUUUAGAUUUCAUAUGUAUAUUGUAUUCCCCCUACUGGACAGUUAAAUAUUGCAGCAAUGGCAUGAGUCAGUACUGUAAUUCAGCUUUUAAUCUAACACUGUGUGUGAAGUAGUACAUUUAAAAUACCAGUGGCAAACUGCUCUACAAUCCAAUUAUCUCUUGGAUAAAUAAUUUGAAUUUCAUAAUUCUACUUGAUGCAUAUUUGUGAGUGAAUGUCUAUUAGCUACAUUUCACUUGUUUUGAAACUGAUACACAAAUGUGGUGUUUAGAAGUUACGUAUCAGAUGUGAUGCAGAGACUUUUAUUUUAGGUUUUAUGCAGUCUUGCAUUUUAGGGUGUGUGUUGUUGUUUUUUGCAUUGCAGUCUUGUGUGUAUGUUUUUUUUUAAGACAGAAAUUCCAUUGCUGUGUAGGCUGGGAGCACUUCAGAAGCAGCACUGUGGAGGAAUGCAAACCGUGUGUUCUACAGCAGCUUAAACCAUAACAGCAAGAUUUUUAAGUUUCUAAAAAUCAGAUUGCUCCCCACAGUUUCUUGGGAACAAUUUCACUUCUGCAUUUUAGAACCUUGAAUGUUUUUGUUGAGGUUGCUGGGUGGAAGCCCUGUAAACUAAGUUUGCAAGGCAAUUGGAAAGUGUGCAGAUGCCAUGCUUCCACAUAGUUCGUCAAUUAAAGACCGUUCUCAUCCUCUGCUCCAUCUGCUUUAGAAUAAAGCCCAAAUCCCUGCUUGCUGCACAGGGAACUGGUGAAGAAACUGGGCUGCAGGCCAUAAUUGUUCUACUUUAGUCUACAUUGCAUUACCCUUCCAUUUAUUAAUUAUCCUUGUGGGAAUGAAGGCCAAAGUGACUUUUUGCCUGGUCAUCUUAGUUUGUAGGGCAAAUAUUACACAUCUGAUUAAACUUGGCCAGUCAACUCUACUGCUUUCCCACUAAGCCACAGAGCUGACUUGCAGAAAGCAGAAGACACGCAAUCAGUAAACCAUAUUGAUCCGGAUUCAGUAACGGAUAAGGUGACCCAGACCCAAUAUCAGAUCAACAUUUGCCAAUGGCAUACGCCAUUUCCUCUAACUCAGCUCAGCCAGGAAUGAGACAGGUAUGUAUGAAACCUCCUACUACAUUAAACAAGUUAUACUAGCCUGUUUCCAUGUACUGCAACCCAUUAAGCAGGUACUAGUUAAUUACCAAGUUCUUUCACCCGGUGUUAGGUGGGGCCUGUGAUGCAAAUGUCCCCUUUCCCUUGGCAUAACAUUUACCCUUCAUCGUUCCAAAACUUGGGAUAUGUCGUAUCUUGGAUUAUGAAAUCUCUCCUUGAGGCCUUUUAGAACUUGUCUGAACAUGUAUUCUUCGUUCUCUGAUCUUAAAAGAGAAGAAAGAAAAAGCAACUAAUUCUGUUGUUGGAUUUGGUAGGCUUGGCAAAGCAGCUUGGCUUACUUAAGCUUAUCUUCAACAGAUAGCAGCCACAGACGCUUACCUUGAACUAGAGGGGAGGGUGUUGCCUGAGUUGAAAGAUCUGCAUCUGUUGACGGGAAACCUGGCCUGGCUGCAAAAAAUGAAGUCACACUAAUGGAACUGAUCACAGCUCUGAAAACAAAGUCAUAUGUCACAUAGCUAUGGCAUGCUGGCAGAUCCAAGUCAUGUAACACUGCGUUGAGGUAAAAGUGGGAACUUGCCAUUAUUGCCCUCCAGUGUCCUCUUUCAAGGCAAGAAAAAUAGGUGAAUUAAGAAUUGAUGUCCUGUCCCCAUUUCCACCCACUGUGGUAUCACAGCCUGCUGCAAACAAAGCAGAGAGACUCUACAAGCACAGCGAGGAGUAACUGUGUGUUUCAAGAGAAAAGCCAUGUUUGUGUUGGAGCAUGAAAUGAGUAGGCCACCAUGCAGCCUGUAGUCACAGCUUUGAACUAAGUGGUGGAGCUGGACCAGGAUCUCUUAAUUUUGCCCAGUAAUGGAGAAGGGCCUCCACCAAAGUAAGGCUAAAGAGGAAGUGGGAAAAUGUUUUGGGUUGGAAGAGGGAGAGGGUGGGUGGUACAUGCAGUAGAGCAGGCAUAGGCAAACUCGGCCCUCCAGAUGUUUUGGGACUACAAUUCCCAUCAUCCCUGACCACUGGUCCUGUUAGCUACGGAUGAUGGAGAGUUGUAGUCCCAAAACAUCUGGAGGACCAUGUUUGCUUAUGCCUGCAGUAGAACAUACUUAGUGGUGGCAUCUCAUGUGCAAAACUCCCAGUACAGAUCAGAUUGUUCCCCAUUUACAUUCACAUGCCAACUUGAAACAUUUGUAUUGGCCUUUGGAGCAUGAUGAGGGCAGCUCUAUUGGCUUAUACUACUGUGCAACUGACUGUGUUGGUUUGGAGUAAAUGUAUUUUAUGCUGGUUAAUUCAUUUUAAAUAUUGUGUUUCUUAGGAUUUUUGGUUGUAUUUUAUAUUUGUUGUUAGCCACUCUGGGCUCUGCUUUGAGAAAGAACCAGUAAGCUAGUAGUAGUAGUAAUAUCUGUACAUGAUGUACAAAUUUUCUGUAAAUCAUGGGUGGGGAACUUGUGGCUUUCCAGAUGUUGGAUUCCACCACCGAUCAUUCCUGAUCAUUGGCUGGUGCAGUCCAACACCAUCAGGAGGACCAAGGGUUUUAAAGGGAAAGGUGGUUCUCAACAGCUCUUUGGCAACUUCUUUUUCCUGUACAUUCAUUGUUGCAUUAUUCAUGAAAAAUUUUCCAGGACAAAAUCAUAGCCUACUUCUAAUAAAAGCUUUCUAUCUGAGAUGUGCUAGAUGUCCUCAUCAGGACUUUGGAGCUACCAAAUACCCACAGGUGAACCCAGUUGUUAGAGGCAUUGCAUCAUUAGUAUAAGCCGCAUGGCACUUUUAUGUGGUGUAUAUAAUUAGUAUUGUUCUGCAGCAGCUGGAAGAUGAGAUAUUAAGUGAGUGGCCUAAGGUUGCAUGCCAAGUCAGUAGUUAGAUGGAAGAGAAUUGCCUAGACCUGCUCAGCCUAGA